AUGGCCCCGUCAGAGAUCGUGAAUGAAGCGCCUCUUGCUGCUCCCCAUGGCCAUACCCUCAAAAAAAAGGCACAUAGAACCUUAAUAAAGCCGCUGCUACCCAAUCCUUCUCUGCAAGCGACGGCAGACCAGACACUUAAGCAAGUGGAGGCGCCCGUGUUUGCUCCCCAGGAAGGAGAAGUGCUGCUUCAAAUCAAGGCAACUGGUAUCUGUGGGUCCGAUAUUCAUUUCUGGAAGACGGGACGCAUCGGAUCCCUCGUAUUCGAAGGCGAUUGUAUACUAGGCCAUGAAGCAGCGGGUGUUGUGCUGGGGUGUGGCUCAGGAGUGACAAAUAUCAAGCCUGGUGACAGGGUAGCUGUCGAACCAGGUGUUCCCUGUGGAAACUGCUUUCUUUGUCGCGAUGGUCGCUACAAUCUCUGCGAUUAUGUGCAGUUUGCUGGAGUCUACCCUUAUGAUGGAACUAUGCAGCGGUACAAGAUCCAUCCGGCAAAAUGGGUCCACAAGCUUCCAGAUAACGUCAGCUACGCUGAAGGUGCCAUGCUAGAGCCCCUUUCUGUCGCAAUGCAUGGUAUUCGUACCGCUGAACUCACUCUCGGACGCGGUGUGGUCGUCUGUGGUGCAGGACCUAUUGGAUUGAUAACAUUGGCCGCAGCCCGUGCGUCAGGCGCUCAUCCCGUUGUGGUAACAGACCUCGAGCCGCGCCGACUUGCAUUUGCGAAGGAGUUCGUGCCCAGCUGCAUAACAUACCAGGUCGAUCCGUCGUUAGAUGCACAAGGAAACGCCGCCAGAAUUCGAGAUCUAUUUGGUGAAGAGGAAUAUUACGCGCCUGAGACGGUGUUGGAAUGCACCGGGGUCGAGAGCAGCGUAUGUACCGCCGCGUAUACUGCUCGGAGGGGGGGAUCAGUUGUGGUCAUCGGAGUGGGCAAAGCGAUUAUGAACAACCUGCCGUUCAUGCACAUGUCAUUGGCAGAGAUCAAUUUAAAAUUCAUUAACCGGUACCAUGACACAUGGGCCCCAGGAAUUGCAUGCUUGAGUGGAGGGAUUUUAGACUUGAGAAAACUAGUAUCACAUGUGUUCCCACUGGAGAGGGCUGUGGAUGCACUCCAUUUCUGUUCAGACACUCGUAAUGGCAGUAUCAAGGUGUUGGUUGUGGACGAAACGGAGGCGACAUUGUAG